GGAAGGCUUUGUCACUCGGAUCUUCCUGGAAAGGGCAUCCCCUGAUAGAGCUAGCUUUGCACGUAGUCACUGCUGAAAGUGAUAGCAGAUCAUCUUGUUUAUUUAUGCAUUUAUUUCGUGUAGGUUAGGGUAAUGGAUUAGAAAAGGGGAUGAGAGAGGGAUAGGAGCGCUGUUAUUUCUGGGAACUCGUGUUUGGUCACCUUUACUCUGCGGGAGGCACAGAUAGAAGUGCUUUUAGGGUUACGAGGAGGAGCUUCGGGAGGAGGAGAUGAUGAGUAAGAGGUUCCCUGGAACUCGUGUUUUAGGCGUAUGACAGUUAGAGAGGAGCUGUGGGGACCGGCCAGAGCCAUCAGAGGAACAGACAGAGCCCCCACAAAGGCCUCUGUCCUGCAGUAAGGCAGGUGCUGCUGGACAACAGAAGCAGUGGUGAGGUUCAAGCAUACAUGGCUCCUGGUGUCUCAAAUGAGAAGAAAAUGGAAGAUGAACAGUCUUCAAGAGAAAAUUCUAUCCAUCUCUGCAACCCUCACCUGGAAAAAAUGAAAGAAGACAUCCUAUACCAUUUUGCUCUUGGGACCGGUACCCAUGAUUUUCCUGCACUGUUUGGAGAUGUAAAGUUCGUGUGUGUAGGAGGAAGUCCUUCACGGAUGAAAGCUUUUAUUGCCUACAUAGCUGAAGAACUUGGACUUGGGAGCCCUGGUGAUGACUACCCCAACAUCUGUGCAGGAACUGACCGUUAUGCCAUGUACAAAGUGGGACCCGUUCUGUCAGUCAGUCACGGUAUGGGCAUUCCUUCUAUUUCAAUCAUGUUGCACGAGCUGAUCAAAAUGUUGUAUCAUGCCAAGUGUUCCAACAUAACCAUUAUUCGCAUUGGCACCUCGGGUGGAAUAGGUCUGGAGCCAGGCUCAGUGGUUAUAACCAGGCAGUCUGUAGAUGCCACCUUCAAACCUCAGUUUGAACAGGUUGUCCUGGGAAAAACUAUAAUUCGCAGCACAAAUCUAGAUGAAGAGCUGGCUAAAGAGCUGCUGCAGUGCAGUAAAGAAAUCAAUCAGUUCAAUACUGUCAUUGGAAACACUAUGUGCACUUUGGAUUUCUAUGAAGGACAGGGCAGGUUGGAUGGUGCGAUCUGCUUGUAUAAUGAAGAAGAAAAACUGCAAUAUUUGAAGGAAGCUUAUGAUUCUGGCGUCAGAAACAUUGAGAUGGAAUCUUCUGUCUUUGCUGCCAUGUGCAAUCUCAGCGGUGUCAGAGCUGCUGUAGUGUGUGUCACUCUCCUGAAUCGGCUCGAAGGGGACCAGAUCAGCAGCUCACACGAUAUACUUGUGGAGUAUCAGCAGAGACCACAGAAAUUAGUGGGAUAUUUUAUUAAGAAAAGUCUUGGGAAAGUAUGACGUGUCUGUCUUUGAUUUUUAGAAACAGAAGGCUUUUGCACAGCAGAAGUCGUGGUCAUGACCUCCGUGCAUUAAAGGUUCUUUGCCUCAGAAUAGCUUUCAGCAUUCCAUGUACAUGUGGAAGUUAAUCAUUUGUGUCAGUGUGCUUUGGGAACUGAGUGUGCUGAAUGCGCUUCAGUUAAGAUUAGUUAUUGUUGCUGGGAUUUAAGAUUCCCUUUUCUGAGUGGAAAGUGGAUCUGUUGUGAAGGAGAAGCUUGCUGUGACAUAUGAAAAAGCUUCAUUUAUCCCUGCUGCUAAAGGAAAAGUAGGAAGAAAACAAAGUACUUUUUUGGAAAGUACUUGCAAACCACCAAAUUAAAAUUAAUUUAAGAAUGUUAAUACCUUCCUUGUUGUUUUUUAAAAAAUAUAUAAAGUUAUAUAAAUUAUAA